UACUCAGGAUGCAACGAGAGGAAGCCACGCUAAACAGCAAAGCGGGAUCCUAGAGGGGCAGGGCCCACCUCAGCGCGCAGGCGCAACCAGGCCCAGGUGGCCGCCGCCGCGGAAGCGAAGCCACCUAUAGACGCCGCGCCGCUUGGGUCUGCUGCGCAUGCGCAGGCGGAUCCGCGCUGGAGUCUUCAUCUUUACCACCGCUGCUGCCGCCUUCCUGGGAUUUGAGUCUCGAGCUUUCUUCGUUCGCUCGCCGGCGGGUUCGCGCCCUUCUCGCGCCCCGGGGCUGAGAGGCUGGGAAGGGGUUGGAGGGGGCUGUUGAUCGCCGCGUUUAAGUUGCGCUUGGGGCGGCCAUGUCGGCCGGCGAGGUCGAGCGCCUAGUGUCGGAGCUGAGCGGCGGGACCGGAGGGGAUGAGGAGGAAGAGUGGCUCUAUGGCGGCCCAUGGGACGUGCAUGUGCACAGUGAUUUGACAAAGGACCUAGAUGAAAAUGAAGUUGAAAGGCCAGAAGAAGAAAAUGCCAGUGCUAAUCCUCCAUCUGGAAUUGAAGAUGAAACUGCCGAAAAUGGUGUACCAAAACCGAAAGUGACUGAGACUGAAGAUGAUAGUGAUAGUGACAGCGAUGAUGAUGAAGAUGAUGUUCAUGUCACUAUAGGAGACAUUAAAACGGGAGCACCACAGUAUGGGAGUUAUGGUACAGCACCUGUAAAUCUUAACAUCAAGACAGGAGGAAGAGUUUAUGGAACUACAGGAACAAAAGUCAAAGGAGUAGACCUUGAUGCACCUGGAAGCAUUAAUGGAGUUCCACUUUUAGAGGUAGAUUUGGAUUCUUUUGAAGAUAAACCAUGGCGUAAACCUGGUGCUGAUCUUUCUGAUUAUUUUAAUUAUGGGUUUAAUGAAGAUACCUGGAAAGCUUACUGUGAAAAACAAAAGAGGAUACGAAUGGGACUUGAAGUUAUACCAGUAACUUCUACUACAAAUAAAAUUACGGCCGAAGACUGUACUAUGGAAGUUACACCAGGUGCAGAGAUCCAAGAUGGCAGAUUCAAUCUUUUUAAGGUACAGCAGGGAAGAACUGGAAAUUCAGAGAAAGAAACAGCCCUUCCAUCUACAAAAGCUGAGUUUACUUCUCCUCCCUCUUUAUUCAAGACUGGGCUCCCACCGAGCAGGAGAUUACCUGGAGCAAUUGAUGUUAUUGGUCAGACUAUAACUAUCAGCCGAGUAGAAGGAAGGCGACGGGCAAAUGAGAACAGCAACAUACAGGUCCUUUCUGAAAGAUCUGCUACUGAAGUAGACAACAAUUUUAGCAAACCACCUCCGUUUUUCCCUCCAGGAGCUCCUCCCACUCACCUUCCACCUCCUCCAUUUCUUCCACCUCCUCCGACUGUCAGCACUGCUCCACCUCUGAUUCCACCACCGGGUAUUCCAAUAACUGUACCACCUCCAGGUUUUCCUCCUCCACCGGGAGCUCCACCUCCAUCUCUUAUACCAACAAUAGAAAGUGGACAUUCCUCUGGUUAUGAUAGUCGUUCUGCACGUGCAUUUCCCUAUGGCAAUGUUGCCUUUCCCCAUCUUCCUGGUUCUGCGCCUUCAUGGCCUAGUCUUGUGGACACCAGCAAGCAGUGGGACUAUUAUGCCAGAAGAGAGAAAGACCGAGAUAGAGAGAGAGACAGAGACAGAGAGCGAGACCGUGAUCGGGACAGAGAAAGAGAACGCACCAGAGAGAGAGAGAGGGAGCGUGAUCACAGUCCUACACCAAGUGUUUUCAACAGCGAUGAAGAACGAUACAGAUACAGGGAAUAUGCAGAAAGAGGUUAUGAGCGUCACAGAGCAAGUCGAGAGAAAGAAGAACGACAUAGAGAAAGACGACACAGGGAAAAAGAGGAAACCAGACAUAAGUCUUCUCGAAGUAAUAGUAGACGUCGCCAUGAAAGUGAAGAAGGAGAUAGUCACAGGAGACACAAACACAAAAAAUCUAAAAGAAGCAAAGAAGGAAAAGAAGCAGGCAGUGAGCCUGCCCCUGAACAGGAGAGCACCGAAGCUACACCUGCAGAAUAGGCAUGGUUUUGGCCUUUUGUGUAUAUUAGUACCAGAAGUAGAUACUAUAAAUCUUGUUAUUUUUCUGGAUAAUGUUUAAGAAAUUUACCUUAAAUCUUGUUCUGUUUGUUAGUAUGAAAAGUUAACUUUUUUUCGAAAAUAAAAGAGUGAAUUUUUCAUGUUAAGUUAAAAAUCUUUGUCUUGCAAUAUUUCAAAAAUAAAGACAGCAAUGACUUUAUAUCCAAGAAAGGAAUGUGAAUGAGUCACUUAACAGGGACUCUAAAGAGCUGUGUUAGCUGUGUACAUAAACAAAUUAUCUGAGAAAAGGUCAAGGUUCCACUUGGGCCACAGUUUUGUUAAUCAAACAAACAAAACACCAGUCUCGUAAGAGGCUGCACCACAAAAGGCAACAAAGGGCCCCUCUAAGGCUUGAGACUAAAACUAGUCUUUAUCAUUACUGCUGUGACACUCUUGCUUAGUAUAUUAAGAGACUUACACAUUUUUGAUAUCACAACUUUUUGAUAGCUUUUCAGUGUUCUAAAUUUGGGUUCCUGGUGAAACCAAAUGGGGUACACUUUCAUAUCCAAAUUAAUAAAACCUAUAAGGCAUUUGGGUGGGCUCUAUGAAAUAAAUUACCCUUAGUGUAGUUUCUAGGAGGCACGUGUACAAACACUCUUCAUUGUGGCACAAAUUUAAAUAGCCUCAUGACCAUGUCUAUGAGCCAGGGUCAAGCUGGUUUGGCCUUGAUGCAUUUCCCAAGGCCCACUGGUGGAGCAGCGCAAGUUUUUAUACAGUCGCUAACGAUUGUGGAAAAAAGAGCUUUAGCCAUUACUAAAACAAAACAAGUUUAUAAUUCUCUGAGCAUUUUUAGGGAUAGCCCUAGAACACAUUUGUCAGUGAUGGUAACAAAUAACAUGGUAUUUGCAAGGAUAAAUUACUAGGAUCUUUUAAAUGGUAAUAAUACAAGUAAUCUUAAUUAGUAUCACAUACUAAAAGACAACUAUAAUUUCUGAAAAAUAUUUAUUUCUUGUUUGAUGAAAGCAUUGUUUCUCAGCAAUGCAUUUAAAAAAAUCUUUUAGCUGUAAAUUAAAAAUGGUCAUAAUGUACCCUUGGCAGAUUUCAGCAUAUACCAAAUUUUAAAUUUAAAUCAACUUGAAUUCAGUGGGGUAUACAAAUCAUUUUAGCUGUUUAGGGCUUUUUACUGAAUAGAAAAAAUAUAAACAAAGUUGUAGAGUAAUGAGAAAUCCUCCACACUGAAAAAGAACUAGUAGUUUUAAUAUUUUUGGAAUCAUAUUUUCUGAGGUGUAACUGACUUUCAUUAGAUCAUACUUUUCCUGACAUUUUAACAGUGUAUUUACAUAUAAAAACUGACAAGAUAAAUACAGUGUUUCAACUUAGCCUAUUUGUGAUUUUUAUGUUUUUCUCUGACCCAUCAUUGAUUCUAUAAAAAAGUGCCAGGCCAAGAAACAAUAGUUAGAGUAAUUCUUCCUUUAAGUUCUUUCAGCAGUCUUGCCAAGCAAGCAUGUAUCAUUCCUGAUGUACUUCUACCAUUGACAGCAAGAAGAAUAUCACCACAUCUAAAAAAAAAACCAAGAUAUGAUUAGUAUUUUAAUUCAUUGCUGAAGUUAAUGCAAGUUUAUCUUAGUGGUCCUAAUUUUUGCUGCAUCUGACCAUUUUAAUUAUGUUGCUUUUAAUUUAGAUAUUUCUUGCCUCUUAUUUACAUUCUCCAAACUCAAUAUCCACUCAGCUUGUGUUAGAAGGAAUGCUAAAAGUAUGGGGAGUUGUAGUAUGGGACUAAGAAUAUGUGUAAUUAUUUUGGAUUUCUCAGAAGUUGAAUGCUACAUAAAUACUUUAACUCCCCACAAAGUAUAAUAAAUACAUGCCUUAUCUCAAAUGAGGCCAAGCUUUGGCAUUUAUUAAACAACAUUUAAUACAAGUUUUUUUGGUUAGUCAUUAUUUUAUUACCUAAUUCUUCCAUCAUUGUAUGCUGGUGUUCCUUCAACAAUGGAUUUGAUGAAAAAAGGUUUGUUUCCAUUGUAUUCUUCAUAACCUCCUACAAUGCAGAAGCCCAGACUUCCAGCUGUGUUUCUUCGUAAUAUAAUGUCUUUACAGUUAUACAAGCACCUGAAAUAGAAUGUAGUCAGUGUACAUGCACAUUUAAGUGUUACAGUUAAGGGAAUACUUAACUGUGAUUCAUCCCCCAUUCCUUUUGUUGGCAUUUUUAAUGGCUAAGUAGCACUGCAUAGGUCCCACUCAAAAUUGUAUCGUACCUUGGUGACCUUUGUGCUGUUAGCUGGCUUUUUGUAAUUGAACCUCUGUUUUCCAUAAUUUUGAAUAUCCUUAAAAAACUGACACCCCCUAUUGUGUUCUGUUAUACAUCUACUGGGAACGAUAAUCAUAUUUUUAACUUAAGACAAUGCUUGAAUUUGUAUUAGCAAAAAGUUGGAUAAACCUAAAUCCUUAUUGGUGAACAAACAUGGAUGUCAUAUAAUAUUUACUUGAUAUAAUUUUUAAUGAAGGCAAAAAUCCUUUGAAUAAUCUCAAUGAAAGCAAUUUAAACCUAAUCCUAAUAAAUGAAUUUGUAUACUUUUUUUGACCUUGGAAAAAUACCACUUUACACCCAGUUCUACAUGUUUGGCAAGUCAUAGAGAAGCAUGCAGGCAUAAAGUGAACGGAAAGAGAUACAUUUAAAGAUUAUAAGAACAAUUCAUAUAGGAGGAAAAAUAAACUGCAGGAAACUGGAUAGGAAGUUAUAAAAGGAAUGGGAGAAGGAAAGGCCCAGCUCUUCUGUAAAUUAGUAGAAUCCUCAACUAAAAUAGCAAAUGAGAUUGAAGAAAUUUUUAUUCACUGGCCCCUAAUGAAUCAGUGUUCAUAUAGGUACAGGCCAAGUGUUAACUAUGUUACAGUUGCCAUAGAAGUGUGUGUCAGGAGUUGAAUUUUACUCUAUAUGACGUUGUUCACCACAUUUGUAGCUGUAGUCCAGGAAUUGUUUUGAAAGGAAAUUGGCCUUUUCGUGUUGCCAAAAAUCAAGAUAUGGCUAUUUUGUUUAUAUACCGUACCUUUAAAAUAUUAAUUGCUUUUUAGAACCAAUAAAAAGUCUUGUGAAAUGUUAAGUGAUAAAGUUGAUCAUUACAUUUGUUACCAACCUUGUUAGUCAAUGUGACAUGACUUUUUUUCAUGAUGGUGUUUUCACUUGAAAUAAAAUGAGCUUUAGGGUUUGUUUGGCAAAUACCUUUAAGAUGUAUUGCUGAAAUUCAACUCUAACCAGUUCUGAAUCUAUUGUCAUACAUAUACAUCAUAACAAUUUCUUUUACUGAAAUGAUUGCUUAAAAGUAUGAAUUUCAUUAAAUUUCAUAUUUUGUAAAAUAUGUAUCUGCUGCAUUUCACAGUAAACCUUGAUGUCAGUGGUAAAUUCAUUCUUUGGGAGCUGUGGUGUGUCAGAUACACAUUUUACAUAAUGGUUCACUGACUCCUCAUGUACAAAGCAGGUAACUGACUAUUCUGUAAAUACCAAAGCAUUAACAUUCCCACCUGGGAGGAUGUGUGCCCAAUUUUUUGGAGAAAGGUAAGAAUUAGAUGAUUGUUAUCCAAGGUCAUGAUCAAAUACCAGUUUUAACAUUGCCCAGUUUGAUAUAUAAAUGAGUAUACUCUUACUGAAUAUUUUAUUUCAUAUGGAGAAGCUGUAAACAUAACCAUCUAAAACAUUACAUGUUCUAGUUCAAAGCUUUGAACCCAGUAAGUCACAGUGUGUCCAUUUUCUAACCUCUUGAUACUGGAGAGAACACCCUGCUUUGAUCAUCUUUCUGCAGAUGUUUAAACAAAACACAAAAUCCCCUGCCCUCCUGAAGCAUCCAUUCAAGUUGAUACCAGUGUUACUUGUUUUAUUUCCUUAAAAAGUAAAUGCUUUCUUUUAUUGGUGUUGUGUAUUUAACUUUAUUGCAGCAGUGAGACCUCCUUAUGUUAACCCGUUGCAAAGUCAGACCUUGAUCUGACUUUGUGGGCAUUUUUUUCUUAAGUUGGGUUAUUUUACUUCCCACUGGGAAAUGGGCAGCUGUUUUUGAUCAGUGACCUCAGAUACUAGGUGGCUUUAAACUUUGAAUGUAAAUGUGGACUUCUUUCCUAUUCUGCACUCAUUCUCUAAAUUUAGGCCUAUCGAAAAAGAUUCAGCAUAGUAUAAAGAGUUUGGUAGUUUUUCCCAAUGAGAAAAUUAUGGUUACCUCAAGAACAAAUUUAAUGAAAUGAGUUAAUGAGUGUGGUGACUCAUUUGAUUUCCACUGAAAUGAGUUAAUGAGAAUGGUGAAGUCUUGAGCUGCUCAAGAAGCUAAGUUUUUUCCUAAAUUUUUAUAUAUCCCCUUAUACUACUAAUUUAGUCAAUACAUAUUUGAGAACACUGACUUUGAACUAAGUCUGCAGACUACAAAGAACACUAAGGCAGAGCCUCUUUCCUAAGAAAAACACUGUUUAGAAAAUAAGUGCAUCAGCCAAAGCCAGCUGAGAUCUUGUUUCUUCCUGAUUUAAAUUAUUGUAAAUUUUUCAUUGCUAAGUGGUGUUAGAAUAGCAGAGGUUGGAAAGAGGUGGGAUGUAGGAUGUUUUGAGCUCUUUGUGAGAGCAGAAAAUUGGAAAUUGAAUCUAUAGAAACAGUCCUUUCACAAAAUGUUGCUUUAUUAUUUUGCUAGCCCUGUGUUCAGAAAGGUUUAACUUCUUGGCCCCAAUUUAUAUGUAACUAUGACCAUCAACUUAAUAGAUUCCAGUGAGUAAUGUAGAGCCUACUACUAUGAUUAACCUAGCAUUUAUUCCGUCUUCUGGAUCAGGUACCUUUCAGUCUGCGGUGAAGAGACCACCUUCCCCCCCCCCCCCCCCCCCCCAGUUUAUUGUAGACUAAUACUUUGGUUAAAUAAAAAAUGAAUUUCUAGAAAAAUGAAAUCUUUAACCCCAAAUUGUGUUGUACAUAACAAAUAUAAAAUGUUAUAAUCAACAUAAAAGGAAAAAGAAUUAUAAAAA